GGCCCACCCCGCACCAUGUCGGCCCCCGGGGCCCACCGGGGUGGCCCCAGGGCUGGCUUGAAGCUCAGGGCCCCCCGGCUGCUGCCCUGGCUGGUCGUCGUGGUCCUCAUCGGCUGCGCGGCCAGCCCCGCAGCUGCCGACGCCGAGGUCUUCCCAGAGUACCCCCGGCCGGCCAGAGAGGAGCCCCCCGCCAAGUGGCCCCAACCAGAGCCGCAGGCCGCCGAGUCGGAGGACGCCGUCGUGGAGAGGCUGCUCGGCGGGGCCAAAGGCAGGGACCUCGCCAAGGAGCGCCUCCACAUGGCGCAGCUGAAGCAGCAGCAGGAGCAGCAGGAGGCCCUGCAACGCCAGCAGCAGCAGAGGCUGGACCAGAAGCACGCCGAGGAGGCCCUGCUGCAGAGGCAGCGCGAGCAGCACCAGAAGGCCGAGCUGCAGAAGCAGCAACAGAACAUGAUGCUCCAGCAGCUGAAGCUCAACAGGCCGCAGCCGAAGCAGCAGCCGCCGCCGCCGCAGCCGCCGAAACAGGCCCAGGAGGAGCAGGCAAUGGAGCAGCUCUGGCAGGAGACCGUGGAUGCUGCACUCGCCAUGCAGGCAGAACUGGAAGAACAACAACUACAAAUACAACUGAAACAACAACUAGAAAAACAACAACAAGAAAAACAACAACAGCAGAACGCUCUUGCAAACCAGCAACAAAAACCGAAGCAGCAGACCCCCGCCGUGAAACAACAACAGGAGGAGGACCAGACCAAGCUGGAGCUGGACCAGCUGGCCAAAGAGGCGCUGGCCAAGAAGCCUUCCGCCAAGCAGCAGGAGCCUAAGCACGCCCAGCAAGCCCAGCAAGCCCAGCAAGGCGUACCGCAGGACGAGGCCCUGGCCGGCAGGCUCAACGACCUGACGCGCGCCCUGGAGCAGCAGCCCAAGGUGCCCGACCUGGACAAGGCCCUGUACCGCGUGUUCCUGCAGCCCGCCGCCACCGGCACCGAGCAGGAGUGGCAGAACUACCGCUCGCUCGGCCAGCCCGAGGACAGCGUCUUCUCCGAGAUCAUCCAGGCGGACGUGCUGCGCCAGGAGCGAGAGCGCCAGGAGCGGGAACGCCAGCAGCAGGACCUUAUCCGCAGCGCCAGCCUGCAGGAGAUGGAGCGGCACGCCCAGCGGCAGGCGCAGUCGCAGGACCGCCAGACGCAGGAGAUGAUGCGGCAGCAGCACGACCAGGUGGACGAGGAGACGGCCAGGAUGUUCGAGCAGGCCAUGGGGCAGGCCAUCGGGCAGGCCAUGGGGCAGGCCAUGGAGCAGCAGGCGCAGCCCGCCUUCACCUACUCCUUCUCGCACCCCAGCCAGAGCUCGGACUUCGCCAUCAGCCCGGCCGACAAGGGCUUCUACCAGCCGAUGCCGCCUGCCGGCGAGGACGUGCGCCUGCAGUUCCUGGCGCGCCACGCGUCGCAGUCCUCGCAGUCCUCGCAGUCCUCGCAGCCCCAGGAGGACCAGUACGACGAGAGCGCCGCCGGCCCCGCCGGGCGCAUGGUGGACCUGGCCUUGUCCGCGGAGCAGCGGCUGCUGGCCGACCCGGCCGCCCAGGACGACGUGCUCGAGGACGAGGGCAUGGACAUGGACGCCGAGGACAUGGCCAUCGCGGAGCAGACGCUGCUGCGCGAGAUCCAGGAGCGCGACCGCGUGACGCAGCCCGUGCAGCCGGACCGGCCGCGCCACCAGGCCAAGCACGCCAAGGACGGCAAGCUGGACGACGACCGCGCCACCAACCUGUCCGCCCAGGACUUCCCCGUCGUCAAGAAGCAGCUCACCUUCCCGAAGGACCACUGGUUCUUCGGCAUGGACGACGUGGGCAAGCUGGCGAUCUUCAUCGGAUGCAGCAUUGCCGUCUCGAGCAUGAUCCUGGGCUUCGUCGUGUGGCAGUACAGGCUGCACCGCAACGCCAAGGCCGCCGCCGACGUGGAGUACCCCGCCUACGGCGUGACGGGGCCCAACAAGGACAUCAGCCCCACGGGCGACCGGCGGCUGGCCCAGUCCGCGCAGAUGUACCACUACCAGCACCAGAAGCAGCAGAUCCUGGCCAUGGAGAGCCGCGCUGCCGGGGGCCGCAGGGGCUCCAUGUCCGAGGCGGAGAGCGAGGACGAGAACGAGGAGGGAGACUACACGGUCUACGAGUGCCCCGGACUUGCACCGACCCAGGAGAUGGAGGUGAAGAACCCGCUGUUCCAGGACGACCCGACGCCGGCGACGCCCGCCCCGGGCAUGGGCGCGGAGGCCGGCCACGACGGCGACGGCCUGCCGGAGGGCGGUCACGGCCACGCCGGCAGCGGGCAGCGCAAGGGCUCCGCGGCCUCCAAGAAGUCCUCGGCGGACGGCGACAGGCCGUCGGACGACGCGGCCACCGCCAAGCCCAACAACGGCAGCAAGGCCAGCACCGGCAGCAGGUCGGGCAAGGGCGGCAAGCCGUAGACGGACGGGACGGCCUCCGACCUCGCCGCCGAACGGUCGACCCUCAGCAACCCUGGCCAAGGCAGGCCAAGCCCGCCACCGCGGCCGCGUCGGGCCACGUGCUUCCAGCUCCCUUUCUUCCCUCCUCGCCUUCCUGCUCCUCUCCAUUCUCCAUGAAGAUGAAGCGCCCCGUCGUGCUUCCAUCUGCAGCCCUCGCGGACCCUCGGACCCUCGGACCCGGACCCGCGGAGAUCGGCUCGCCGCCAAGAUGACUACGAUGACGGUGCCAACGCGAUGGCGCGGCGCAGCGCGCGCCCAGCAAAGGGAUGGGAAACUUUAUCUUAGAAUGUACAUACCCCUCUAUGCCACGCUAUAUAUGUAAUCGUUAUCUACUCUCACCUAACGUUCGAAGGGUGUGCGACGAUUGUGUGGAAAAUAAAGCAGACGGAUCGGAUUACGGCGCGGGGAUACAGACCGUUCAGAGCGGGAUUUUACUGUCGCACGUAGCACGUCAGGCGAAAGUUUAAAUGGAAUUUAAUUUCGUUAGAGUAUUAAAUAAAGGACAUAUUGGCGCAGGAUUUUGAACCAAUUGAUUAUUAUGAUUUCCAUUCAUCUCCACACUUUGCCUUUCACGGCCUAGCUGGUUAGACUUCCGUGUCCCUAUCUAAAUUAUUUUCUACCUAUAGUACCUGAUUCCGAAUCGCCUCCUGUGUAGUUGGAUAGGAACGCAGAGACAGCAGAACAGAGGAGACUAUUGAAACGUUUCGUAUGGCAUGGAUUGUGAGCCUUCAAGUUCCAAUCGAUGUUGCCCAGCUAGCCCUUAUCUAUUUGCACACGCAUUGGCUCUGCUUAGUAAUGACCGAUUUAUACCCACCCUCUAAAUUACGUCUAGCUUUUCGCCCGAUUAUUCUAGAAACGGAAAAGGAGCUGCGCUCAUGCCCCAGUCAAUAGAAGAUAAGCCGCACACUAAUUUAGCUUUCACUGUAGUGUCUCAAAGAGGUUUCAAACCACACUGCUCGAUGUUAACAGAAAUGCGGGGCUUGUGUGUGGGAAAGAGAGAUAGAGUGUGCGUGAGUGUGCGUAAGUGUGUGUGAGCGCGCGAUAGUCACUCUGAGGGAGUGAACAAUGCAGAGGGGUUGGAAAGAGAACAUUGAACUGUGUUAUGUUGAGGCCUAUACUGCUUCUUUGAAGAGAACAGUUCCCUUCGCUUGUAAGGCCUGACAGAGCACCCAAACCUAAUCUACCCACCAUAUCAUAGCAGGGAAUGACCAGUCACUACUUGUGCCAAGGUCUGGGUCCUGUGCGCUUGCGAAGUAGAAAAAUAUGGCCUACUUAAUCCAAUUUGAGGUACGGGCUGUUCCAAUUUUGCCAGUUUUGUUGUGUGGAGGGAAAAGUGUAUUAAGUUGUUGCUCUGAACUUUUACAGGAAGAAACCAGCCCAUGAGUAUGAUCUAGAUUCAGAUAAAAAUUAUCCAGUAUUAUUUUGUUCGUAAUGAUAAAAUAGUAGAAAUUUCCCAAACUUUAUGUUAGAUGAAGGACGUUUUUUGUGCUUCUUUAUGUGUGUGUUACAAACUCCUGUUGUUUAAAAGCAAUUUCUAUCAAUUAUAUUUGAACAGUCAGACAAUUGGCAAAGGUGUUGGCAUUUGUUGCUUGAUAAUUGCUUGAGUACUACUGCUUUCUUCAUGCAACUUAUUUAUUUUUAGUUUUAAUAAAUAAUAUAUUUAUAUUUUACAAUGAUCUCCUACAGUGUGUUGUUAGAAUGCAAUUCAAUGUGCAAUAUCUUACUCAACUUGGGUUUCGCCAGAUGACAGAGGUCAUAUUCUCACUAAUCUGAAAGCUUCUGCUUGGGAAGACGUCUUCAAAACCACCUAAAAAUCUUGUUUCCUGAAAAUAGAAAGAAACAUAUUCUCAUAGGAAGCUCCGCGAGGCGUUUUAUUAGACAAGAGCGGAAAUGUGUUGUGCCAAAAAUGAAAAAUGUUGAAAUUGAUGUAAAAAUGGUAUCGUCGGUAGCGUCGUGUGAAAGGAAGUGGAGUAUAAACUGUCCUAGUGAGUUUUUAGUGCAAUUAUUAGCCAAGUCUUGAUCGUUGCUGGUAAUCUUACCACGAGAAAGUUUGAUGAAAAGGGAAAGGUACAGUAGUGUAACAUAGUUACGGGGGGAAAUGUUAAAUUUACCAAAAAAGACAAAGUAACAACUGGUUGGAGGGUGUUGUAUUUCCCACUGGCAGCAGUGCCAAUAAAUCAUGGGUAAAGUACUAAUGAUGGACUCUAUCACAAUGGACUCUGAGAACUAUCUGAUUUAUUUAAAACGUAAUUUCUGCUUUAUUGAGCUUUUCGAACCACUUAUUCCCAGUGUGAAUGAAGUGAGGUGAAAUCAUAAAUUGAAUGUUCAUAUCUAUGUCCAAAGACAGUCAAUCACACAGUUUCACUCAUCUGAUCAAAUUUCAACUGCCUUUUCUCAUUGAACAUGGAUUGGAUUACAUGCUUUUGCUACUCAUUCUCUUUUCAUUUUUGACAUAUCUCUGAUUAAUAAUUGCAGUUCCUAGGUGCAACCCAUUCUCUUUGUGGUUUGCUAGUCAAAUUGCUCCUUUCAAUAGGAAACAAGAUGGUUUGUUGUGGUAGAGAAAUCAAAAUGAUUAAAUAAAAAUUACUAACAAAUGGAGCUAAUUUCCAUGGUACAGCUAUGAAUGAAUUUGAAAGACUCUUGCUUUCUGAAAGUACUUGUCAGGCUGUGGAGCUAAUCUUAAAUGUGCAUAAGAAACAAAAUUAUUUUAACACAGAUUAUUCUAUGACAAUGAUAAAUUAAGAAAUAUAUUUGUAUAGUUUGCAACAUGACAUACUAUGUAAGGUAGAGCCUGUUCUACAACAUUUGAAAGAAACUGCUGUACACAAUUGAUAUGUCCCAUUAAACAGUUCACGUACAUACCAUCCA